UGUCCACAAAUUAGAAUAUUUUAACGUUAAACAUGGCACCUUUAAAACAAGACGCAAAAACUAAAGGUCCGAUUAAAGGAAAAUACUUAAAUAACAUGUGUCCACAUGGUGGUUUAACACACAACGGCAAAAAGAAAAUAAAAUGGGUUCCAGAGAGCAAAGUUUUUGAUGGUAGUGUAAAAGAAGGUCAGGGAUUUGCCUUCAAAAGGAAGGAGAAGAUGAAGCAUGAAUAUAACAAACUUCUCAGAAAAUAGAGGAAGAUGCAAGCAUCACCAAUCCAGUCAGAAGAGGAAUAUCCUGAGUAUCUGAGACAUCUGUACCUGGCUGAAAAAGAACGACUAGAUGAAGCAGAACAAGAAAAAUAUGUCCCUAAUGAGUGGGACGCUCUACACUCACGAGUGCUAAACAGACUUACAGAGACGCAAGCAUCAUCAAACAUUCGCUGCUACGCGCAGAAUUGGGUUGUUUUCACAAAAUGGUGCAAGAACAUUUAUAUUGACCCGGGGACCUGUUCCGUGUCGGAUGUUUUGCGCUUUCUACAGCACAGUUGGAUAGCGGGAGUUUGAAACCAUCCACUGUGAAGGUGUUUGUGACCGCUAUUGCUGCUUUCGUUCCCCGGUUGACGGGCAAACGAUCGGUAAGCACGCUCUGGUAAUCAGUUUUCUCAGGGGAGCAAGGAGAUUGUGUACUUCAUGGCCGCCCUCCCCAAUACGUGCCGCCGUGGGAUUUCGCUCUAGUUUUGAGGGCUCUAUCUCUUACUACCGUUCGAGCCAUUAGCUUCGAUUGUGGUUAAGGAGCUUCCCUGAAGACUGCCUUGCUUCUUGCUCUCGCCUCGGCGAAGUGCCUUGGAUAAUUUCAUGAGUUUUGGGUGAACGAUAUUGCAUUGGCUUCGGCCCUGGCGACUGUAAUGUCACUCUCCGGCCGAGACCGGGUUUCGUUCCGAAGUCACUCAAUACACCGUUAUAUACUGCCUUAUCUGUUGAGCCGUCAGCCUCGCGUGACGCUGAUACUCAGAGCGCCGGGAACCUCUUAGGGUUUUACGGAUGUAUAUGAAUCGAUUGGCCGCCUUUCGUCAGUCGGACCAGCUGUUCGUGUGCUUGGUGGAUGUAAUAAGGGACGUGCUGUUUCUCAACAGAGACUUUCUCACUGGA